UGUGGUCACAUACCUUCAGAAUUUGGAUCAUUAAAGGAUCUUGAAUAUCUUGACCUGUCAACCAACAGACUCAAUGAAUCAAUUCCAAGCACUUUAGGUGGCUUUUCAAAUUUACACUACUUGAAUUUGAGCAACAACCAGUUCAGCAAAAAUAUUCCUUUUCAAUUGGGGAAUUUAUUGUCCCAGCUAGACUUGAGCCACAAUAAUCUUUCUAGUUCCAUACCCAGAAGUUUGGAACAAAUGUCUAGCUUAGUUGAAAUCAACAUGUCCUAUAACCAGUUGCAGGGUCCCGUCCCAAACAACAUAGCCAUUGAAGAUACUCAUUUUGAAGGCAAUGAAGGAUUGUGUGGCCCUAUGGUAGGACUUCAACCCUGCCCCUCCAUGAAAAAUAAGCAUGCCACAAAAAGGGAUCGAAAACUUGUGUUUAUCAUUGUUUUCCCUGUUUUGGGGACACUUUUGUUUUUCCUUGCCUUCCUUGGAAUUGUCUUGGUUAGAAAAAGAAGUAGCAAACUGCAAGAUACAUCGAGCAAUGUGGGGCACAAAGAACUUUAUUCCAUUUCGGAAUUUGACGGAAGAAAAAUGUUCUAUGAAAUCAUCAAGGCAACAAAUGAUUUUGAUGCUCUAUAUUGCAUUGGAAGGGGAGGAUCCGGAAGUGUCUACAAGGCAAAGCUUCUUUCCGGCAGCAUUGUUGCAGUGAAGAAAUAAGGACGCUAGU